AUGGCUACUGCAGUGGCCGGAAGCCAGAGAAGUGGAGAUCUGCCAGUGGCGGCGAACGAUGGAUCUCGGCCUACAGAAGCUGACGCAACCCGACACUCUGGACAUCGUCAGAAGGACGAAGUCUGUAUCAACUUCCAGUUCAGACGGUGUCGAUUGGGCCGUUCAUGUCAUUAUAAGCAUGUCUACUUGAAGGACCCAACACCCCAUGUAUCUGUACCACGUCCAGAGGCUGGAUUGCCUCCGCGUCCGACGUGGAAGAGCGGCGAAAUAUGCCGGUUGUUCCAACGAGGGCUCUGCCUGUAUGGUGACAUCUGUCGCCACAUACACGUACUCCAUCAAGGCGAGCUCCCUACGCCAUCGGGGGCCACACCCACAACAGACUCUGUACCAUCGCAACGCGAGGAAUCAGUUUUGGCGCAACACACCGACUCUCUUCCAUCGCAGACGCCAGAGCGGUCCCCAAUUUUUAGUGCUCAACCACACGAACAUGGCGACGUUGUACCUCCACAAUCCACCCAAUCAGUCUCAGCGUCCGUAGAGUCCACAGAUGCGUCUCGUUCCGCCACGACGGUUCCCCAGGAUGACAAGAACACAUCUGUCGCUACUGCAGUUGUGCAGAAACGAGGACUAUGCCGGGAGUACUCCCGUCGGGGCAUCUGCCUUAAGGGUAAACUCUGCAAAUAUACUCAUCGCACAGAAGGUGGUGCCACGGCAGUGCGUAGUACCGAUGCUAUGGCUCCACACUUUGCAAAAAAUGCAUCGUCAUCGUCGCAGAUGGCUGCACGGGCAAAAGUGGAUCUGGUCUCGUUACCUUCUGCAGGCACUUCGACACCGUCAUUGAAGACUACACCGGCAAAAGACGAUCCGGUCUCUUUAUUUACUACUGGCGAUCCGGCCGCGCGUGUAGCUUCCUCAGUUCCGAAUCCUUCCCAACCCGCUACGUCGUCGUCGCCGCCUACCCUGGCAGUAUGCCCCGCUACUUUGUCUUCCGCAGCAAAAGUAGCAUCUUCAAAACAAGGUUCUGAUGCGUCUGUGGCUCCUGCGGAGCAGAAAGUGGUGGCCCCAUCUGCUGCGCCAGAAGAUCCUGUGCCUCCGAAGGCAAGGGUAUUGCCGUCGAGAGUCAAUUCAAAGAAAUCUUCCGCACCCAAGGCGGCGAAGGCUGGAGCGUCGACUCCGCCUGAAGCCUCUCCCUCGACCGUCCCGCCGAAGACAGGAGUUGUGCCGAGAGUCUCCUCAGGAGACACAUCGUCAUUAACGGCCACCAAGCAUGCUCAGUCAAGAGAGGUUCCUGUAGCUGCGUCUUCGGCGGCUGCUCCCACUCGGGGAAGUAAAAAGACUGUGUCUGCGUCAGCGAAAGCCAAGGGUAAGGGCCCUGAACCCCCAGCGGAUGAUGCCUGCGCUCCGACUAGUGCUUCGCCAAUCGUAACGUCAAAUCCUACGUUCCCGGCGCCGUCGAAGAGUACUUCCAGCGGCGCUCCUUCGACUGUCCCGCCGAAGACAGCAGUUGUGCCGAAAGUUUCCUCAGGUGAUACAUCGUCGGCAGCGGCCACCAAGCCUGCACAGCCAAAAGAAGUUCUUGCAGCCACGUCUUCGGUGGAGGCUCUCACCCCAAGAAAUAAGAAGGCUGCGUCAGCGAAAGCCAAGGGAAAGAGCCCUGUAUCCCCUGCAGGUAAUGCCAGCGCCCCGACUAGUGCUACCCCAAUCGCAUCCUCGAUUCCUCUGCUCGCAGCGUCGUCGAAGAAGGCCCCCAGUGGCCUUCCAGAGAUGAAAGAGAUAUGCAGAGAUUUCACGAAGAAGGGAAGGUGUAAGAGGGGCGUAAACUGUCCCUAUAUACAUCCUUCCCAGGCGGCCGGCCCCGACCCGGCCGCUGUCGUUACAGAAAAUUCAGCGAGCACUGCCGCCUCGUCAAGUGCUGCUCCGCGCCAACCGACAAAGAUGACCUCAUCGUCGAAAUCCAGCAACGGUGGCGAGGCGAGUGACGAAUCCAUUGUGUCGAAGUCCAAGGCGAAGCUUGUGGCGGAGUGGGAGGAGCCAGUAGACGGGCAGGACGUAUUCGAGAGAUCGUUGGACCGUUCGAAGCAAGGGCGCGGCCGGAAGAAGAAGACGCGGCAGAAAUUGAGCGCUGCAAAGGCGUCAAAAGUGGCAUCAUCAGAUAACGAGGCGCGGACAGCAUCUGUCGAGGUUGUCACAGUGGUUGCGGACAGCGUUGAGGACACGAUAACUAGUGCUCAGGUUACAGCCAACGUCAGCGUACCGCGGCCUGCGGAGCAAACGACGCAUCGUAACACGUCAUCGAGGUCCACCCUCGCCACUCACUCUGAAUUUGUGCAGGGUUCACAUGGAAGCCCAAUGGAGUAUGCUACCGUGCCACCGACUCAUGUACGCCAGCCAUCUUGUGAGCCUGACAGCUCCUCGUCGGAUGCGACCUUCUACUCUUCAUUGUCUUCACUGGAGGGCUCUCCACGGUCUUCCAACUCCUCCAUUACACAGCUACCUGUGACUCCGCGAGAAAUGUGUAUCGACUGGUUCCGCGGAAACUGCUUCAGAGUCAACUGUAGAUAUUCUCACAAGGGUACUGGUUGCGUGAGCAAGAGGGAAGCAGUUGAUGAGUGUCGCUUGCAGGAUUGUUUUUCACCUGAGCAUCCUCAAGACCCUUACCUGGAUCACCUCACCGGGGCGCUGGAGUUUUCAAAGAAAUUGCCUCGCAGAAUUGAGAAGAAGCCUGCCUAUGUGGUCCCACCAAAUUUACCGCAAGCCAAUGAAAGGCCUGUCCCUCUGGUGCCACCAGGUUUGGGAUUGGAGGCAUUGAUUGCCAAUGGAUCCAAGUUGCCGCCCCGUCAAGCACCGGAGGAUGCGAUAACGAUUCCUGUUUUGGAUUCAACCAAAGUCACCUACGGUCCGGGCUUCGAGAUUCGCCAGCUGCUGACUGGCUUUGAAUCACAACAACUUUUUCUUGGACAGGUGCCGUGCUCAGUGACCCCUGUGGCGAUUACAGCCGCUCUGGAGGCAUACGGCGAAGUAUUAACGGUAACCAUGCCAGACAAAAGCACAGAUUGCCCUGUCAUGAACGUCCGGGUGACUUUUGCCAAGCCAAAGGAGGCAGAGCACGCUGCGUCCUCUCUUGAUGGUGCACAGCUCUUCGGUACCGUUGUAUCUGCGCGUCUUACCACCUUUAGGUCGUCCGUUGGGAAGGGUGUUUUUCAUGACAGAGACGUCCUCUUAGAAAUUCCCGUUCCUUAUCGCACUGGGUUCGUUGGCUACGAGACCAGGGAGCAAGCCGACAAAGCGAUCGCGAUGGGCAAUGGCUUCGACAUGAGGGGCAACUGUCUCUCAGCCGUAUUUCACCAACGCUUGCCCCAGGUCGGCACGUUCAACGUGCGCUUCAUUGGGCUUCCCCCAGAUGCCAAAGAGAGCGACCUCGCACGGUUUGGGGUGAACGAAGGAGUCAUGAUGGACCGUCCCAACUACCUGUCCUUGAAACGAGCCAUCGACAGCGUUAUAGAUCUCCUCCAGGGCUUCGGCGAUCUCGUCAAUGUGAACGUACUUCCACCACCGUAUAAACGCGGCGUCGCACGCAUAUGGGCUCAUUUCAGUCACGCCGGCGUCGCGGAGAACUUUUGCCAGGCAUUGAAUGGCUCUCGGCUUCCCUUCAUAGGGAAGGGCAAGCUCUUUGCCAAACAUUAUCGCACGCUCUCUUUCUUACUCCCCGGUGAUGUGUAUGAUGUGUUGUCGAACGAGAUCGUCCUUCUUCGCUCUUUCACCUGGGACAACGAUUACGGCAGCUCCAUUUCUGUCUUUGACAAACGACCACUCAAUGGGCCGUCAGCUCCAGUCCAGGUCAAACUUGUGUCGGUCAAUAUUCCUGCUCUCAUGCGGCUUAAAGCAGCGUUCGAGAAGUUACUCCGUGGCGAGAAGAUCGUACAAGACGGGGAGAUAGUUUGGGAUGGCUUCUUCAACAGGCGCGUUGGCAGCUUAUACCUCGAAAACUUAGAGCGCAUCAAUCCCGGUGUCAUGAUCAAUAGGGACACUCGCAGACGAACUAUUUCGGUGUUCGGGGACGCACCAAAGCGUGCUGCUGUCCGGCGCAUGAUCUUGACUAAGGUCGCCUCCCUGCGCGCACAGAGAACACAUAUCUUCCCUCUCGGUGGAAGACUGAUUGGUCUCUUCUUCGGUUCCGAUAUGGCAGCCUUGCAGCGACAGCUUGGGGUGGAGAAUGUGUUCUUGGACCGUCAAAACCGUGUUCUCAAAGUGCGGGGUAACGAGGAUGCGCAGAAGGUAGCUGAACUCUCCGUGGUUCGUGCUCGGCAACGCCAUGGUGGAGAACGUCAUCGACUCGUGGAAUGCCCAGUUUGCUUCGACGAGGUGACAAAUCCGGUAACGUUACCGUGCGGACAUAUGUGGUGCAGGUCCUGUCUCUCAAACUACCUGAUGGCUGCCGUGGACAACAAGGUCUUUCCCUUAACGUGUCUCGGCGACGAAGCCAAGUGUUCUUUGCCGAUUCCUCUCGAGACUGCGCAAGACCUUCUGUCACCCAACGAUUUUGAUACGGUAAUUCACGCAUCCUUCCUUUCAUACGUCCACUCGCGACCCAAGGAAUUCCACUACUGUCCAACUCCUGAUUGUCCCCAGGUGUACAGAAAAGCGCCGCGAGGCACCGUGCUACAAUGUCCGUCAUGUCUCAUCCGUAUCUGUGGGAACUGUCACGUCGAGUAUCAUGAAGGUGCACCGUGCUCCAUUGGUGAUGUCGAAGAUCAGGAGUUGUUCGAGAAAUGGAAGCAGGGCCACGAUGUCAAAAACUGUCCUGGCUGCAGUAUCCCCAUUGAACGCGCCGCGGGCUGCAACCACAUGACGUGUGCCCGAUGCAAGACGCACAUCUGCUGGGUGUGCCUCGAGACUUUCUCCAAGAGCAACGAGGUGUACGACCACAUGCGUAUGAUCCACGGUGGCAUUGGGCUAUAG